CGAGACGGGUCAAGCCUGACCAGACAAAUAAAACCCAAUUCCCGCCGCCGCCGCAGAGCCGCACCCCACCACCACCACUUUCACCACCACCACUACUUUCACUUCCACUUCCGCCCCGCAACGACACUACUACACAACACAACACGCGCGCAAUGUCCGACACCACAACCCCGACCCCAAUGGACACGAGACCCCCUCCCUCUCCCGCCUCCGCGCCAGUAGCAAAGCGCCAAAAACUUUCCGCCCCAGCCUCACCCACCACCACCACCGCCCCCUCCGCCCCCGCCCCCUCCGCCCCCGCAACCAAUGAAGAGGACACAAGCGGCAUCCGCACCGGCGAAAAGGCGCAGUACCGCACGGCGCGCAAAGGCGACAUCAAGCUGCCAAAGAAAAAGUACUACCGCCAGCGCGCGCACGCGAACCCGUUUAGUGAUCAUAAUCUCGAGUAUCCGCCGCACCCCGCGGCGCUGGACUGGAGCGCACACUACCCCGCCAUAGCGCCGGGGCAGAAAGUAGAAGUAGCGGAUAUCGGCUGCGGUUUCGGGGGGCUGCUGGUGUCUCUGGCGCCCAAGCUGCCGGGCACGCUCCUGCUGGGACUCGAGAUCCGGCUGCAAGUGACGGAGUACGUAUCGGAGCGGAUUUCCGCGCUCCGCCUGCAGCAUCCAGGGACCUACGGGAACAUCUCGGUCCUCCGCGGCAACGCGAUGAAGUUCCUACCGAACAUCUUCGACAAGGCGCAGCUGAGCAAGCUGUUCCUGUGCUUUCCCGACCCGCACUUUAAGGCGCGGAAGCAUAAGGCGCGGAUCGUUAGUCCCGGGCUGUGUGCCGAGUAUGCGUAUGUCGUAAGGCCUGGCGGGAUCGUUUACACGAUUACUGAUGUGCAGGAUUUGCACAGGUGGAUGGUAGCCCAUUUUGAGGAGCAUCCGCUGUGGAUCAGGUUACAGGAGAGCGAGCUCGUGGGGGAUGUGGGCGUGCAGACGAUGAUGGGUGAUACGGAGGAGGGGAAGAAGGUGGCCAGGAAUGGGGGCGAGAAGUUUGUGGCUUGCUUUAGGAGGAGGGAGGAUCCGGAGUGGUAGUGGUAGGGGGGUUUUGGAAGGGG